AUGGCUUUGGGCGUCAGCAGUAGGCUUGCAGGAGCCCACUGGGGACUCAGCCCCAAAAUUUCAAUGUGGCUUUACACAGCCAUCGUAAGGCCGAUAGUCACCUACGCCUGCGUGGUCUGGAGCAACAAAACCACACAGAAAACCACAGCAACGAAGCUUAACAGCCUGCAAAGAAUGGCAUGCCUAAUGGUUACUGGUGGCAUGUCUACCACACCUGGGAUUGCGCUAGAUGCAUUACUGGGCUUGCAACCACUUCACCUGAUGGUGCAGAGGACGGCAAAAACCAGAAUGUACAAGCUCCGAGCCCUUGGUCAAACAAACUGGAUUUCAAAGACACUGCGGUCAAUACUAGAUUCAAUGUCUGACAACCUAGUUCUUGGUAUGCCGCCGGACAUUAUGGCUCCCAUUUUAUCCACGGGCAGGUUAUACACAAUAGAGCUUCCUUCCAGAGAAGAAUGGCUAAAGAACCAACUCACUUGGAAGACUGGUGCACUACACUGGUACACCGAUGGCUCUAAAAAAGGACAUAAAGUAGGAUGUGGUGUCUUCGGAGAGACUCCAAAAUCUUCUUUCAGCACAAGCCUUGGUAUCUAUGCCUCAGUCUUUCAGGCUGAAGUAUUUGCCAUAAUCGAGUGCGCUGGAGAAAACCUUAGAAGAAAAUACACCCGUCAAACGAUAUACAUCCACUCGGACAGCCGUGCGGCAUUACUGGCGCUUACCUCGGUACAUGUCAGUUCCAGGCUGGUAUCAGAUUGUGUAAAUGUAUUAAACGAACUAGGUAAGAACAACAAAGUAAUUUUGAGAUGGGUGCCAGGUCACGAGGGCAUCGCAGGCAAUGAACGUGCCGAUGAACUCGCGAGGAAAGGGGCUGAGGGCCCACCACAGGGCCCUGAGCCUUUUUGUGGAGUGCCGUACAGUCUUGCUCUGCAGACACUGAAACACCUCUCAAUAAAGGAAUCCUUAACCAUCUGGCACGAUACUCCAGGGUUAAGACACUCAAAGGCUCUCAUAAAACCUUUUGUCAAUAAAUCUGCCAGUGAGGCUUUAGCCCUUAGUAGAAACAAUUUGUGCAUAAUGGUCCGGUUAUUGACGGGACAUUGCAGGCUCAAUAAGCACUUAACGAACAUAAAGGUUACCGACGACAAAAUCUGCAGGAUAUGCCAGGAUGAUGAAGAAACACCGGAGCACAUUCUUUGCAGCUGCGGUCCUCUCAUGCACAAACGAUUUAAUAUUCUGGGACAGCACUUCCUGCACCCGGAAGAUAUUAAGGCACUCACUGCCAAACAACUGAUCAGCUUCAUAGAAUCGACGGGUCUAAGCAGUGAACUAUAG